AAAACCGUGACCUUCAUCAGUGGCACCUUAUCUUUGGUGAACGACGAUACGUAUUCCCGACGUCUUCUUUAACUCUCAUGUCGACUGCAGCGAUACCUCGCAUUGCUGUUGUAGCAGCAGGGGCCAUGGGCUCUGCUGUCGCCAAAAGACUUACCAAGGCUGGUUGUACAGUCUACACCAACAUGGACGGUCGGUCCGAUGCCAGCCGCCAAAGGGCCCUCGACGCAGGGAUGAUUGACGUUCCUCUGUCCGACAUCGUGCGCAAGGCCAGCUGGAUACUGAGCAUACUUCCGCCCCGCGAUGCAUUCUCAUUCGCUGAGAAGAUCCGCGCUGAAACAAACUCGCUAAUCGGUGAUAAUGGACAUCUCACCGAAUCUCUUGUGUUCGCUGAUUGCAACGCUGUAAGCCCGGCCACGGUUAAACGUAUAGCUGGGCUUUUCGAAUCGACGAGUAUCAAGUUUAUUGAUGCUGGCAUCAUCGGGGGCCCACCAACCGAAAACUAUAACCCCACUUUUUAUGCAUCAGUUGACCCCAAAGAUGAGAAAGUGUUGGAUGAAUUUACUGCCCUAUCAAAGUACGGGUUAAAGGUCGCGCCUUUGAAAGGUGAGGGUGCGGGCAUAGGCGAUGCCAGUGCGUUGAAGAUGUCUUACGCCGGAAUAUCAAAAGGCACGACUGGGCUUCUGACGGCCAUGGUGUUGGGUGAGUUUUGCACUUUUGGUCUGCAAAUUUACGAGAUCGCCGACCAUGGAGAACAGCUGCGCAUGCGUCGUCGCCGGCAACGGCUGAUGCGCUGCUAAAUGAACUAAACAUAUCCCAGUCGGUUCUUCUAAACCGACUUGCGAAGAGUAU